AUGUGCGGGGAAGUAUCCCUGCUUGCCUGGAGGAGAAGGCUGGAUCUCUGCGUUGAGCUUGCGUGCAGCCUGCUUUCUGGUUGGCUGCUCCCAGAGGAGGAGGAAGAGGAGGAGAAUCGCUCAGUGGCAGCUGCCCAGCUUGCAAAACCAAGCUGCAGGCAGGAGAAGGGAGAAGGCGGAUUGGAGGUCCUGCAAUCAGGACUGCUCACACACCUGGCAGCAGGGAGACGAGGAAGGCAAAUUCAAGAUGGGCGAGUACCACAUUCGCAGGUAUGAAGAUCGGGACUACGAAGCCGCCCGCACGAUAUUCUCCCGGGGGAUCAACGAACAUGCUCCUGCAGGUUUCCGGCAUGUUCUCUCUUGCCCCCAGACCCACCUGUUGCUCCUGGGCGCGCUCCUCGCAACCUACCUGGGCACUUCUUCCCUUCUCCUUUCUCUCAGUGCUGUGGCUGCCCUGUUGACCGUGGGCUGGAUUUUCACGAAGCGCCUCUGGGCGGACUAUGUGCACGAGGCCCUUGCCACGGACAUGAAGGACAUCCACCAGACCUACCUGGUGCCCAAAGACUGCAGCUUCUGGGUGGCGGAGGCCGGCGGCGAAGUGGCAGGCAUCGUCGCCGCCACCCACCCAGAAGACCCGUCUCUGCGCGGCAGGGCACUGGAGCUGAAGCGUAUGUCUGUGGCAAAGGCGCACCGGGGCCACGGACUCGGCAAGGCUCUCACCAGGACGGUCCUCCUCUUCGCCCAGGAGCACGGGUACAAGGAGGUUGUCCUGGGCACCUCCAUGGCACAGGUGGCGGCCCAUCGGACGUACGAGGGCAUGGGCUUCCGCAAAGUCAAAGAGAUAUGCCCCACCGUCCUCUGUAAGCUGCUGAGGUUCUACAUCUACAUCUACCGCUACGAGAUCGGAGGAUCUCGCUGACGCCGGCCACCUGGGGCCCAGAGUAAGGAAGGAAGAAAUUGUGGCCUGUUUGCAGACAGGUGUCAGCUAGGGAGGAGGGAGAAAGAAAGUUGAUCCGAUGAGCCUUAAAAGUGAGCCCACCUAACAUGCACUGAUUUGCCAAACAUGCACAUACUAGCGACUGUUAGCGAAAAUAACCAGGGAUUUUUCUCAGCUGGAACUCACCAGAACUCAGCUUUGGCACCUCUCAGCUGGAUGCCAUUUCCAUUACAAGAGAACAAGAGUUCAUGGUGAAUUCCAGCACCUCUUUUUCAAGAAUAAUAGCACUGAAGAAAACCGUACAGAAAUGCCUUCCGAUUUUGCUUUGCCAAAAAUGUGUCUAUUGGGGAGAGAUUCGCAGCAGAACGUUAGUGAAUUUUCAAGAGGAUUUUCACAAUAAAUGAAUGAAUGUGCAAACUGGAUAUGCCGAGAACUGAUGACUGGGGAAAUGAAAUGAAAUACUUUAUUGUCACUUGUACAACUUGUAUACAGUGAGAUUACACGAGCACCCCCCCCCCCACUCAGCUCUCUUAGUCUUAAUUCCCCUCGUUUACUGACACACACACACCAAACCCGAAAGUCAGUUGCCCUGUUGAUAUCUUUUCAUUCAGCAGCCUAACAGCCCACAGAUAGAAGCUGUUCUUUACCCUGUUGGUGCGGCUAAUCAUGCUUCCAUAUCUUCUGCCCGAGGGCAGGAGAUCAAGAAAGUGCCGGCCAGGGUGUGAAUCAUCCCUGAGAAUUUUCCUCACUCUCCUGAGGCAACGUUCUUCCACUAUUUCACCCAGCGGAUUCACGGGACAGCCCAUAAUAUCCUGUGCUGUAUUUGCCACCCUCUGUAGGCACUUCCUAUCAGAUGAUGUCAAACCAGCGUACCACACCGUGAUGCAGUAUGAAACGACACUUUCUACUGUGGACUGGUAGAAGGAGAUAAUCAAAUGUUGAUUGACAUCGUUCUUCUGCAAUGCUCUGAGGAGAUGGAGUCUCUGCUGGGCUUUCAUAACCACCUGGGUUGUAUUGAUUUUCCAAGUAAGGUCUUCACUGAGAUAAACUCGUAGGAAUUUAAAGGAAGAGACUCUCUCCACACAGCCCUCCCCGAUGUACAGCGGGGCUAGUUCUCCUCUCUUCCUCCGAAAGUCCAACACCAUCUCCUUUGUCUUGCUGAUAUUAAGGUGCAAGUUUUUCCCUAGGCACCAUGUAGAUAUGAGACUCAAACUGACGUAUUUCGUGGACCGGUUGGAUGCAGAGGAAUAGUGGGAGGAACCAGCCGGGGGACCCCCAAGGGAAGAGGGCUCAGAGCCCAGGGAUUGGCAAUGGGAAGACCGUAAGUGGUCAGAGGGAGAAGAUGGGGAGAAGAGGAGGCGUCGGAAGCUGAGGAAGCAACAGGGCUUAGUGAGCAGGGAGAGUCUGUGGCAGAGAGAAGACCAGACUCAGUGGCAGAAGCUGAAGCAGGCCAGGGGAGGAGGGAGGCCAAGAGGCAGAGAUGGGGCAGGGCCACAGGUGUCUCCCCCUCCUUCUGAUACCAGCUCCCCUCCCCACUGGUCUCCUAGGAGAGGUAUGAAAAGGGUUGAGAAGUGGGCAAUGUGCAGGCGCAGUCUUCGAUUGCUUGGAAAAUACCCUGGAGAGGAAGAAACUUAGGCAGCCGUGGGGAAGUCAGGACCUUCAGUCUCAGCAACUGCUUCAUGGGGUCAAGAGCUGCCGGAGAUGAGUUGCUGUGCUCAUUAGGUCUGACACUCCUGCGCAGAUCCUGUUUUUGCUAAUAAAGUAUUAACUCCCA